CCGAUCGAGGCAACGAUACAGCUGGUGUCUCACCGGAUGUCGCACUUUAUCAAACGCCCCUGCUGGCUCCGGUCGCUGUAGAUUUUCCCCCUUUCAACGCCUUCUUCCCGUCCUACUCGGUCCUGCUCGCCGGUCCCACGCCCGCCCGCUUUGGAUCCUCCAUAGGAUUGGUCCGUUCAAAGGAGUCUGGUUUGGACUUCGCAGUUAAAAAAACAGUGCGUGUGCGUGAGAUCGAUCCGGAUACCGCGAAAGCCGGAUCGAAGGCUUCUCAGACGGCGGCGAUGAUGUGCUCGCAGGUGCAGUGUUGCGUCUUAUGGGGCACUCCGCUUACCAGAGCCAUCCCAACUCUCCGGCGUCGCAGGAGUUUUUCCCUUUCUGGUGUCGGUCUGUGCGGGUCUUAGCGCUAACUGCUCAUUGUUUUUCGAGAUAUGAUAGAGGAAAAUGGAAGGCCCUCACAGUAAAGAGAUCAGACAAUGUAGAGCUGCCUUAUUCACAUGUCAUGGAUGCUAGAUCAGCUACUUCGGACUCAGUAGAUAGUUCUAACAAGGGGUUCCAAAUAAGAAUUUUCUUGCAAUCCAUGCAAUUCUACUUCAUAUCCAGAUUGGCAUGCUUACAUUGCAUGCACUGGAUGAAAACUCUUCAGACAUUGCUAUCAUUUGGCGGUUCAAGUUUGCCAUUUGCUUGUGUGUCCAACUCCGUCAAUAAACCUGUUCCACUUCAGUUGGAUGUAUCUUUUCCAUCAUUUCAAGAUAUUAAAUGGAGUAUCUCUCGGUUUUAUUAUUUAUUCAACAUGCAGCUUGAACGAAAUAUUGGCACGAUUUUUGUUGCGUUAUUGGUGGCAUGUUUCUCAUUUGUCGUAGUUGGAGGUUUCCUAUUUUACAAAUUAAGGAAAAAGCAGCAAUCUUUAGAGGACUGCUUUUGGGAGGCUUGGGCAUGCCUUUGUUCAUCUUCUACUCACUUGAAACAAAAAACACGUGUUGAACGUGUUAUUGGUCUUGUCCUUGCUAUCUGGGGGAUAUUAUUUUAUUCCCGCUUAUUAAGUACAAUGACUGAGCAAUUCAGAAAUAACAUGCAGAAGAUCAGAGAAGGAGCCCAAUUACAAGUUCUGGAGAGUGAUCAUAUUAUCAUCUGUGGAGUAAACAGUCAUCUGAUGUUUAUACUGAAGCAGUUAAAUAAGUUUCAUGAGUCUGCAAUCCGCUUAGGUACUGCUACAGCAAGGAAGCAGAGGGUUCUUCUUCUGUCAGAUCUUCCUAGAAAGCAUAUUGAGAAGCUUGGAGAUAGUAUGACCAAGGAUUUGCACCAUAUUGAUGUCCUUACCAAGAGCUGCAGCCUUAGUUUGACAAAAUCUUUUGAAAGAGCAGCGGCAAACAAAGCACGUUCCAUCAUUAUUUUGCCUGCAAAGAAUGAUAGGUAUGAAGUUGAUACAGAUGCAUUUCUCUCAUUGUUAGCUCUGCAACCUCUUCCUAAAAUGUCGUCUAUCCCAACUAUUAUAGAGGCAUCUAACUCUAGCACCUGCGAACUUCUGAAAUCAAUCACAGGCUUGAAUGUGCAGCCAGUGGAGAUGGUAGCUUCUAAACUAUUUGUUCAGUGUUCUCGGCAAAAGGGUCUUCUCAAAAUCUACAGACACCUGCUUAAUUAUCGAAAAAAUGUGUUCAACCUUUGUAGCUUUCCAAAUCUGGUAGGAUUGAAGUACAAGCAUGUGAGGCGUGGAAUCCUGGAGGCAGUAGUAUGUGGUAUCUUUAGAUCUGGAAAAGUAUAUUUCCACCCAAGUGAUGAUGAAGAGAUUAGACAGACAGACCAACUGCUUCUUAUAUCACCUGUUUUUGGGAAAAGAAAACCACAAGUUUUCCUCCCAGAUGCAUCAAAAGAGAAUGCUUCAUCUUUUCAACGUCUCAAUGUUACUGAAAGUGCAGCUUCCUUGGAUAUGGCCAUUGAUUUGCUGAAAGUCCGACUUGAGAAUAUUGUGAAGCGUCCUUCAAAAUCAGUUUCCAAGACUUGUGAUUGGAAUCUAGGACCAAGAGAGUGCAUACUCAUGAUUGGAUGGCGGCCAAAAGUUAGUGAUAUGAUUCGAGAAUAUGAUAAUUACCUUGGACCUGGUAGUGUAAUGGAAAUCCUAUCAGAAGCUUCUGUCGAUGAAAGAAACAGCGUAGUCAACCCUGUUCUUCAGAGCCAAUUGAAACAUAUUAAGGUUUCACACAGGGUGGGCAGUCCUGUGAAUUAUGAAACAUUGAAGGAAGCAAUAUUAAACAUUAGGAAUUCUUUCAAGGAUGCAAAAGAUAUACCACUAUCAAUUGUUGUGAUAUCUGAUAGAGAGUGGCUCAUUGGAGAUCCAACCCAGGCAGACAAGCAUUCAGCUUAUUCCCUUUUCCUUGCUGAAAGUAUUUGCAAAAAGCAUGGUAUUAAGGUUGAAAACUUGGUUGCUGAAAUUGUUGACACAAGACUGGGGAAACAAAUUUCAAGAAUAAGACCUUCCCUUUCAUUUAUUGGCACAGAGGAAGUAAUGAGCCUUGUAACAGCUCAAGUGGCCGAAAGUGUUGAAUUGAAUGAAGUGUGGAAAGACAUUCUUGAUUCCGAGGGGGAUGAGAUAUAUGUGAAGGAAAUUGGUCUCUACAUGAGGGAAGGUGAGAGCCCAUCAUUUUCUGAGCUCUCUGAAAGAGCAAUUUUGCGUCGGGAAGUUGCUAUUGGUUAUGUAAAGGGAAACAAGCAGAUUAUAAAUCCAAGCAACAAGUCAGAGCCACUCUUUCUUGAAAUGACAGAUUCACUUAUUGUCAUAUCUGAGCUUGAAGGCCUGAUGAGCUGGUUCAAGCAUUCCUGAAUCUGUAAUUGACUGUUCGAGUGUUUACAGUAUAAUCCUCAACAAUUGUAGUGCAAACUCUUUUAAAUUAUAAAGUUUUGUUGUAUAUCCCACUUGGAAGUUUAUAUUUGUUGCAAAAAUUUAAUCCUUCACAGUGAA